UUCCAAAUUCCUUCAGUUUCACAGCUCGGCUACAAUGGCAGAUUACUCGUUGCCUGACGACUCUUACUUUCUUGGGUUUGACAGCUCCACUCAGUCGUUGAAGGCAACUGUGCUAGACUCCAAUCUCAAUAUUGUUACUUCAGAGCUUAUCCAGUUUGACACUGCAUUGCCCCAUUACAACACCAAAGAUGGAGUUGUUUACCGUGACCCCUCGGGUAAUGGGAGAAUUGUCACCUUGAUGUGGAUUGAAGCUCUAGAUCUCGUACUUGAUAGACUUUUGAAAUCUAAUUUAAAUUUUGGGAAGAUUGCUGCUGUUUCUGGUAGUGGGCAGCAACAUGGGAGUGUCUAUUGGAAGAAUGGGAGUUCUUCGAUAUUAUCAUCUUUGGACCCCACGAAGCCAUUGCUACAUCAGUUUGAUGAUGCUUUCUCUGUAAAGGAAUCGCCGGUAUGGAUGGACAGCAGCACCACAGCACAGUGCAAGGAAUUAGAGAAUGCUGUUGGUGGAGCAUUGGAGUUGUCCAAACUGACAGGAUCACGGGCUUACGAAAGGUUCACAGGACCACAGAUCAAGAAAAUAUUCAAGACACAUCCUGAAGCCUAUAACGAUACUGAGAGGAUCUCCCUUGUUAGUUCUUUCAUGGCAUCUCUUCUAAUUGGGGGCUAUGCAUGUAUUGACGAAACUGACGGUGCAGGGAUGAACUUGAUGGAUAUAAAGAAAAAGGUCUGGUAAUAAGUUUACUGUUCCAAUUUAAUCAAUUUUCUUGUGUGUUUAUUGAAGGCUACUGCCCCUGGUUUGGAGGAAAAACUUGGGAAACUGGCCCCUGCACAUGCUGUUGCUGGUGGCAUUGCCCCCUAUUUCGUAGAGAGAUACAAGUUCAACAAGAACUGCUUGGUUAUUCAGUGGUCAGGAGACAACCCUAACAGCCUUGCAGGCUUAACACUAAGUACCCCUGGGGAUCUUGCAAUGAGUCUUGGCACAACCGCACAAGUGACACGGUAAGUAAAAGUCUUUGGGAUCACUGAUGAUCCUCAGCCUGGAUUGGAAGGACAUGUUUUCCCUAAUCAUGUUGACACGAAAGGCUGCAUGGUAAUGUUGUGUUACAAGAAUGGGUCUCUAACUCGUGAAGAUAUUCGCAACCGCCAUGCCCGUGGCAAUUGGGAGGAAUUCAGUUCGAACCUUACACAUACACCAGCCUUUAAUGAUGGAAAGAUGGGUUUCUACUACAAAGAGCAUGAAAUUCUUCCCCCGCUUCCAGUUGGCUACCAUUGGUAUGUUCUUGAAAAUUUCACGGGUGAUGCUUUGGAGGGUGUGAGUGUACGUGAAGAGCAGCAGGAAUUUGCCCGUAUGUCUGAGUGCCGAGCAGUAAUAGAGGGACAGUUCCUGUCAAUGCGUGGUCAUGCAGAAAGAUUUGGAAUGCCUUGCCCUCCGAAACGAUUGAUAGCUACUGGAGGUGGGUCUGUAAAUCGCCACAUCCUGGGCGUAGCAGCAAAUAUCUUUGGAUGUGAGGUCUACACAGUUGAAAGGCCUGAUUCGGCGUCCCUGGGAGCUGCAUUGAGGGCUGCUCACGGUUGGCUAUGCAGCAAAAAGGGUAGUCUUGUGCCCAUCUCCUGCGUGUAUGGGGAUAAGAUUCAGAAGACAUCUCUCAAGUCCAGACUAGCAGUGAUUCCGGAUACUAAUUUGGUCCCCAAGUAUGCUUUGAUGGCAACGAAGAGACUCGAAAUAGAGAACCUCCUACUUCAAAAGCUGGGAUGCCUUAAGUGUUACAGUUCAUUAUGUUACAGUCUGGAAUAUAGGAUUCUACAGAUUGCAUUGUGUAAAGUACCAAAAGUUAUAUUUUCUGAUCUUUUCAUAAAUUCUAGUGGAUAA